AUGGCAAGUAAUCUUCCUCAAGAAAAUGUCUGGGAUUAUCCACGUCCACCAGAAAUUGAACCUGUUCAAGCACGUCUUCGAGUCAUCUUCAAUCAAAUCGUACUAGCGGACACUACCCGAGCAAUGCGUAUCAUAGAAACCAGCCAUCCUCCGACGUACUAUAUUCCUCCAGAAGAUGUCAACCAAGAGUAUCUCAAUCGCAAUGACAAGACAUCGUACUGCGGAUAUAAAGGUUUAGCAUCAUAUUAUGAUUUCAUUCCGCCGGAUAAUCAACCGAUUGUAAAGGCACGAAUAUGGUCAUAUGAAAAUCCAACUGGAAGCGAUGAAAAAUAUAUUGGUGUCAAAGGUUAUUUUAGUUUUUAUGUCGGACCAUGGGAUUGUUAUGUUAACGACGAGAAAGUUGAAGCACAACCAGGCGAUUUUUACGGUGGAUGGAAAACGAAGAAUAUUACGGGCAAAGUCAAUGCAGGGUCCGGAGCGUGGAUUCGACGUCUUCGACAAAUAAUCGACUACAAAAUGACAAAUAAUCCGUCUCGAUAUAUCACCGAACAGCCGGAUAGUUUCAACACUGUCUUCGCUCUCGCGCCUCAAGAGAGAAUUUCCAAUAUUUAUGAAUGCGAUGACCGUCGUUGUGGCUGUGGAUCGCAGUAUACAGUUGCACUAACUAAUGCAAGAAUUAUCCAACGACGAGCAGACUCAUGCUGCGGUUGCUGCUCGCAGGGUUAUAUCGAUUCAAUGCUCUUCCUAUCUGACAUCAGCAGCAUCAGCACAAGAGUGAAUCCAACCAGAAACGGUAUGCCUCUCACUCUGAUAGGCCCUUUCGGUUCAGAAGUAUUUACAUUUUCUCACCAAUCCUUUCAUAAUGCGUUGGCAAUGAUCCCUCAAGCAGCAAUGCCUUACAAAAUAUCAAUGCAACCUAGAAUCGUAAUGCAAACACCUUAUUCAGCACCACCUUACGAAACAAAGCCUAUGAAACCAGAUUAUCAAUCAGCGUUUUAA